AUGGCAACAAUAACUCAGCUCCCCGCAGAGCUUCUGCACAAAGUCUUUGUCGAGUGCUUCAACGUCAGACGUUGUCCCUUUGACCUGAACGAGCCCCUGUUCAAGGUGGACGACGACGGCCUGGCGACUCUGGUGGCGGCCUCGCAGACCUGCCGGCUAUUCCACGAUGCCAUCUUGCCCCUCUUAUGGAAAAAUUUCUGCCUGGACCGCCACAGGCUCAAACCCUACCCGACUAUCCCGCAGCUCAUCGCUCUUGUCAGGCUCUGGCACGAGCGACCCGAGAUCGCAGCAUACGUCCACACCUUCCACCUGUCCCCGAUAUGUCACGGCGCCCCGAUCACCGAUGAAGACGACGUCGCAUUUAUAACGAGCGUUGUGCGGGACCUCGGCCUUCCUGCCCCCCGGUGGCACGAGGCCUUUAACGGCUUCCACUUCAUCGCAGCCCUUUUGCUCCCGAUGGCGCGGAAUGUGAGGGUUUUCAGCAUGUUCGCCUUUGAUACCGGCCUUUUCAAACACAUGCCCGACCCGGGGGAAACCUCCGUUCGCCUCGAGCACCUAACCCACUUCCAGUUCCAGUCUCACGGGGGUGCCAGUACUGACGACGCGGUCAAAAUCAUCAGGUCUUGCCGCGGGCUGAAGGGGUUCGUCUUCUCACCAUACGAGGUCUUCGCCCCUCCGGACGAAAUCCUAUCAGCUCUCUCGGUGCAUGCGGGCACCCUCAGUAAGCUGAAUAUGGCCUUGCGGGUUAACUCGGUGGCCAUGCUCACCAGUCUCGAAGAGCUUUCGGUUUCGGCGAGUUAUAUGGGGAGAGGGGAAGACUGUGUCCUCCGGGAGUUACCACCAAGCCUGAAACUCCUGGAAAUCCGCGGCUCUCCCGAGAACUACCCCGAAGAGAUGGAGUCGCUGCUCGUCCAGAUCGCGAGUGAAGGCUACCCCAAUCUCGUAGAGGUAUGGCUACCUGGCUGGGACUGCGACUGCGAUCACUGGGGGCCAUGCGGUGGCAUUAAUGUCGAUGAGGAACAUGGAACUGAGCGUAGUGUUGAGGAGGGCAACAGUCACGAUGGUGGUGGUGAGCGCGACUGGGGAUUUCGAUUUGGUGGCGGUAACCAGCCACCAUGUGAUGGCGGACGAGGGAUUCGUCAUCUUCGAGAGCGUUUUCUAGUGGCUGGUGUUUUUUGCAAACCCAGGUAG